AUGUCCGCCGCUUUAGAUAAAUCUUUGGAUGAUAUUAUUUCAUCUAGUAAAAAGACUUUCAAGUCAAGAAGACCUGGUGCUAAGCUUGGUGCUAAAGGUUCUCAAAAUAAAGUUGGCAAGAAAUUAGUCGGUAACAAAUCUAGAAAGCCAGCUUCAGUUUCGUUUAAUAGACCAAACGCACCAAAAUCUGCAUCUGCUGCUGUUGUUGUUCCUGCUAUAGACUUGAGCUAUGCUACAAAAGUGAAUGUUUCGGGAUUACCUAAGGAUUUGAAACUUGAUAACGUUAGGGUAUUUGGUGGAGUUAACAAGGUGGAUAUGAGCUAUAACGAAAAAGGCCAGUUCAAAGGUUAUGCUACUGUUAUAUUCAAAUCUAAUAAGAAUGCAGCAUUAGCUGUUGAAAAGUAUAAUGGAGCUUCAAUCGAUGGCGGUGCUGGCAAAUUGAGAUUAGAGUUGAUUAUUGAUACUUCCAAGAAACCGUUAGCAGCUAGAAUUGCCGCUAAACCUGUUGAAAAGACUAAAGUUGUUGCUGCAAAGAAGGUUUUGGCCAAGAAGAAGAAUGCUGUGGGUGCUAAGAAGAACUCCAAAAAGCCCAACAAGAAAAAGACUGUUGAAGAAUUGGAUCAGGAAAUGGCUGAUUAUUUUGAGAAUUAA